AAAAAAUGGUUCAAAUCGAUAUAUAUUCCCUAUGAUCCCACCUCGGUAACGUCAUUUUUACAACAUCCUCCUCCCUCUCACAUUCAAGGAUUGCGAUUCCUCUUUCAAAUUUGGGUUUUCCUCGUUUUCGGCCUCCUCUUUGCUUGGAUCACAAGGAAAAGUCAUCAUGAAGAAACCCAAAUUGUCAAAACUGGAAAAACCGGACAAAUUCGAUCUGUUCUUCUCUUUAUGGAAGCAGAGAUCGGUUCGGAUUUUGAUGGCGGUGGGGUUUCUGUAUCUCUUUAUCGCCUCACUUGAGAUCCCAAUCGUAAUCAAAUCCGGGUCGAGCUCCGUCACGCCGGAUCCUCUCUCCCGACUCGAGAAGCUCGACAGCGAGCAUGACUCGGUAGCCCGAGAAGCCCCGACCCGCCCUUUGAAUACAUUAGUAUACCCGGACCCGACCAGGAGCAGCAACAGGGAUCAUAUCAAUGGCGGCGAACGUCGUCGGACCUUUCUCUCGGGGCUAAGAUUCGAUUCAGAGACGUUCGACCCGAGUAGCAAAGAUGGGUCCGUCGAGCUUCACAAAUCGGCCAAGGAAGCAUGGGAACUGGGUCGAAAGCUGUGGAAGGAGCUCGAAUCGGGAAGGUUGGAGAAAUCGAUGGAGAAUUCUCCCGAGAAGAACCAAUCAGAUUCGUGCCCGCUUUCGGUUUCGUUGUCCAGGUCGGAUCUUCUGACCCGUAAGAACAGCGUGAUGGAACUUCCGUGUGGUCUGACUCUGGGUUCUCAUAUAACAUUGGUGGGGAGGCCAAGGAAGAGGUCUUCUAAGGAGGAGGAUGAAUCUACGUUGAUGUUCGUUGUUGAGUUGCAGGGUUUGAAGACUGUUGAAGGAGAGGACCCACCUCGGAUCCUUCACUUUAAUCCAAGGCUUAAAGGAGAUUGGAGCCGGAAACCAGUGAUUGAGCAGAACACUUGUUACCGGAUGCAGUGGGGAGUGGCCCAGCGGUGCGAAGGAUGGCGUUCGAGGCCUGAGGAAGAGACUGUUGAUGGUCAUUUGAAAUGUGAGAAGUGGAUCCGUGACGAUGACAGUUAUUCAGAGGGAUUCAGGGCAACAUGGUGGUUGAAUCGGCUUAUAGGCCGGAGAAAAAGUGUGAAAGUAGAAUGGCCAUUUCCCUUUGUGGAGGAGAAGUUGUUUGUGCUCACUCUUAGCGCGGGAUUGGAAGGUUACCAUAUCAACGUUGAUGGAAAGCAUGUUACAUCUUUUCCUUAUCGUACUGGUUUUGCCCUUGAGGAUGCAACCGGCCUAAUUGUGAAUGGAGACAUAGAAGUCCAUUCUGUUUUUGCUGCCUCUCUGCCAUCAUCGCAUCCCAGCUUUGAUCCUCAAAGACAUCUAGAGUUGUCGAGCAGAUGGCGGGCCCCUCCUCUUCCCAAGCGGCCCGUGGAGGUUUUUAUUGGCAUUCUUUCUGCAGGCAAUCAUUUCGCUGAGCGGAUGGCUGUAAGGAAAUCUUGGAUGCAACAUGACCUUAUUACAUCUUCAAAAGUGGUCGCUCGCUUCUUUGUUGCACUGCAUUGGAGGAAGGAGGUGAAUGUGGAGUUGAAGAAAGAAGCGGAGUACUUUGGGGACAUCGUGCUUGUUCCUUACAUGGAUAGUUAUGAUCUCGUUGUACUGAAAACUGUUGCCAUCUGCGAACACGGGGCUUAUGCAUUCUUUGCAAAGUAUAUAAUGAAGUGCGAUGAUGAUACGUUUAUAAAACUUGAUGCAGUAAUCAACGAAAUAAAGAAAGUUCCAGCUGAUAGGAGCCUUUACAUUGGAAAUAUGAAUUACUACCACAAGCCUCUUCGUGGCGGUAAAUGGGCGGUCACAUAUGAGGAGUGGCCAGAGGAGGACUAUCCACCGUAUGCAAAUGGACCAGGCUACAUUCUAUCUUCAGACAUUGCACACUUCAUCGUUAAAGAGUUCGAAAGACACAAAUUACGGCUUUUCAAGAUGGAAGACGUGAGUGUCGGAAUGUGGGUUGAGCAUUUCAAAAACAAUACAAAACCCGUGGACUACCGACACAGUCUGAAAUUCUGCCAGUUCGGCUGUGUAGAAAACUAUUACACGGCUCACUAUCAGUCCCCGAGACAGAUGAUAUGCUUAUGGGACAAACUUCAGAAAAAGAGCGAGCCUCAGUGCUGUAACAUGAGAUGAUUCUCCUCCGGGUAACGUUUUCGAAAGGUCGGUUCGGUUGCAUGUACAUAGAGGAUCUGGAUCUGUACUCAGAUCUAUUUGCAUGCUGUUUCUUAUUGCUCCUGUUGUUUGAGGAAAUGAAUGGGAGAGGGGUUAGGAACUGUAGCAAGGGGAAGAAAGCAUAGAAAAUCUCUUUCUUCGUUUCAUUAGUGAAACUUCCUUGUUAAUUGAAAUGGGAAUCUGUUCAUUUUUCUUCUUCCCUUCAUGUUGGCAUGAACACGUUCUAAUCUAAUAUUUCCGUUUCUGUCUUCUGAAUUAUGUUUGUGCAUGCAUUCAUAUCAUGCCGUCCACUUGAUUUUAAGCUGGGUAAGGACACCAAAUCUCCAACAAAUUUAUAUUGAAGUGUGGGUUCAGAUUUCGGUCGAUCCGUUUCCGUAGUUAGCCCAUGCCAGAGAAGACGAGGAUCAAGGGAUGGAGGUUAGCGGACGUUCCGUCCUUUGCCUUCGCCUUCAACAGUUUCUUCACCCUUCCUCGCGACGUCACCUCUUUUCUCGUCAUUCCUCGCCGCAUCGCGUCGCGACCUCACCUCCUCGUUGACAAGAUAAGAUGCCCACGGAUACCCAAGAACUCAUUGUCGCCACAUACCCAAAACUCAAGUAUCCAAGCAUCUCCUUCGGCUUUUGCUUGAGGUUGAGACCUGCUGGUCCCACCAAAAGAAAAAAAACCAAGGGGACGAGAAAAGGACAGCGUCGGCUACACCAGAAAGUAGAAUACCCGACCGGCAGCUACCCACACAAAUCCAACAUAGUCACUUCAUCUUGAUAGUUCAAAGUUUAUAUAACUUUCUAGUUCUUUCCCAUCUUGUACAGUUUAAAUCCGGUAGAAAAAGAAGCCGCUUACUAUAAUCUAACAUGAGCAC